AUGGGGCUGCUGAGGCCUGGGCGGGAGGGCGCUGGCUGCUCGGCGAGUGCGGCUACGGGCUGGGUGCCUGGGUCUGGGGCUGGGUCUUGGCUGGCUUUAGCCCAAGGAGAGGGGGUUUGGGACGCUGGGGAGGGCUGCCCGGCCUUCCCUGACCUAGCCUGUUCCUUUGUUUCAGGGCCACUGGUGGCCGUCAGCAAGCCCCCGGGCCUGGCUGUGACAGGCAGUCCAGGGCAGCUGAGUUUGGUUUCGCUGCUCCCAGAUCUGAGCCAGAGGCUGAGUCUCCCUCCUGAGCUCCAUGUGGUCAAAGCAGCUGGGAAGGACAGCUCUGGCCUCGUGCUUCUCUCCAGCUGCCCUGGCACCACGCAGCAGCUCCAUGCGUUCUUCACGCAGCUCCGGAGAGCAGGGCGCCCCCCCGCCACUUACCGCGCUGUCACUGCCGGGGUCCCAGCUGCCGUGGAGGGGGAGAUCCGCACAGGACUGAAGCUGGAGCAGGUUGGGGACCUGCAGCUGGUGGUGCCGGUGGCUGCCCCGUCCCGACGCAGCGUGGAGAGGAAGGAGGUGAAGCAAACCCUGACCCGCUACAAGGUGCUGGGCGCGGCUCCGGGCUGCGGCCUGGUGCAGCUCCAGCCCAUGACAGCCUUUCCUGGCCAGCUCCUGGUGCACCUGACGCUGCUGCUGUGUCCUGCGCUGGGCGACCACGUGUACUCCGCCCGUGUGGGCACGGUCCUGGGGGAGCCCUUCCUGCUGCCUGCAGGGAGCGCUCUGCCGCGCACACAGGUCCUGGGCGAGCAGCUGCUCCGCAGGCUGCACCUCACUCAGCAGCUGCUGCAUCGCCUGCCACUGCAUCUCCACCUGCACCAGCUGCUCCUCCCGACAGCUAGUCUCACUGCGCCGCCUCCGCCCUUCUUCCUCCAGACGCUCCGUCUGCUGGGACUCCCUGGGGACCAGAGUGCGCCGUGACGGGGCGCACCCUGGGGUGGCCCUGCUCAGCUGCCCCCAGCUGGACCCACCCUGACCCAGAAGGCCACUGAAGCAAGAGGCAGGCCCAGCUCCGUGGGAGAGAGGGCAUUUCCCACCCCUGGGGAUGCUGCUAGCAGAGCUCUAGGUUCGGGUCUCUGCAUCCCGCUGGUGGGACUCCUCGCAGGGAUGGUCUCCGGGAUGGCUGAAUAGCCGUGAACAUGCAGCCUUCCCCCUCUUCCUGGAAGGCUCCGUGCAGGAUGGUGGCGCAGCUGGGCUGCUGCUCCGGACUCCUCCCUCUCGGUGUGGGGGCGUGGCAGGACAGCCCACCUGGUGUGUGCCACCAACAGACUGGUUCUCGGGUUUAGCCACAUUGAUCUUUACAUGGCCCAAACUGGAGCUCCCACUGCUGGCAGGGAUCCUUCUGCCUCUCGGGACCUUUCCUGCUCUUCCCCAGGCCCCCCUCCCCCCAUUUCUCAGCCUUGCCAAAGGGUUGGUUUGGGGUCUUGUCUCGUGGCCCCCUCUGGCUCUGUCAGCUGCAUCUGUGCAAGGGCCUUUGGCCUCCCUGGCCCGUCCCACGUCCCCUCUGUCUCUUGGGUGUUCAGCGCCACGUCAGGGUCGGUGCUCCCCAGCGGCUGGGAUCAGCAGCCCCUCCUUGGAGGCAGGACCCACACUGCUGCCCC